GGACAAAAACUGCUGCGUUCCAAAAAGAGACUGGUUUUCUACAUAGGUGCCCUAUAUUAGGCUCAGAUAUAGAGGCUUUUACACUUGAUACAGUGGACUACAUGAUUGAAUUGGGACUGGACCGGAGCGGCGCUUUUUAGUGGUUUACUAGAGCUACUGUUUAGAGUUGUUGACAUUCGGGUUUUUUUGGUUAUUAUAAGUGUUUUGGUUAAAACAUAGAAAUAGGAAUUUCACCUAAAUGUCGUUAGUAUUGAUCCGUGUAACCCUGUGGUUUGUGUAAAUUAUAAAAGCACUGCGAAUGAAAUGUUAGCAUUUAGUUAGCCAGCUAACAAGCUAACAAGCUAACUAAAGCUAGUAGAGUAAAAAAAAUGGAUUCGAGUGGCAAACCUUCCACAGGCCAGAUCUUGCUCUUGGCCACCAGUUCAGCCCUCACCGCUCUCCUCUACUCGGUGUUCAGGAAGAAGGCCAGCAGUGCUGUCAGAUUACAAGAAGCCAAGAAAAUAUCAUUAGAUCAACAUCUACAGAGCAUCCUGGCUGAAGCUCCAGGCAAAUGUAUACCAUACGCUGUUAUAGAAGGGGUUGUCCGGUCUGUUAAAGACGCCUUGAACAGUCAGUUUGUGGACAACUGCCGAGGCGUGAUCGCCAGACUGACACUAAAGGAGAAGAAGAUGGUGUGGAAUCGGACCACACAUAUCUGGAAUGACUAUGAAAAGGUCAUCCACCAGCGCACCAACACCGUACCAUUCGUCCUCGCGUCACACGAUGACACCAUCACAACCACCGUGAGCGUGAUCCGCCCCCUGGACGCUGAGCUGAACCUCGAGAAGACGUACGAGAACUUCCACCCAGCAACAAGCUCCUUCACUAGCAUCGUGGGUCACUUCCUGAGCGGCGAGCGGCCACAGGGCGUGACCGAGAUGGAGGAGAUGCUGAGGCUGGGCGCAAGCAUCACGGGCGUGGGCGAGCUGGUGAUGGACGGCGGUGUGGUGCGGCUGCAGCCACCCAAACAAGGAUUGCGUUACUUCCUGAGCAGCCUGGAUUAUGACACGCUGCUAGAGAGUCACACGAGAAGCGUGAGGUUAUGGAAAAUUCUAACAGCGCUCAUGGGACUGACAGCAUGUGCUACACUGAUGUACGUGCUGUGGAGGCGCUAUACCUGGCACAAGGAGAAGAAGAAGGCGCGUGAGAUGAUGGAGGAGCUUGAAGAGCAGAGGAGGAGGAGGACGGACGGGGAAGAGGAGGCAGUGCAGGUCGGAGCUUGUGUCGUGUGCCUGGGUCAACCGCGCUCGUGCGUUUUUCUCGAAUGUGGUCAUGUGUGCACGUGCUGGCAGUGUUACCGUGUGCUGCCCACGCCAAAGAAGUGCCCCAUGUGCAGGGCUACUAUAGACCGAGUGGUGCCUCUUUUCAACAGCUAAUCAAGUCUCAGAAGUAAAAA